AUGGCUGCUCAGCCGUCCGCGUCCUCGUCGACGGCGCCGGCUACAGGCCCGGCAUCUGCCACAGGCUCUGAGAAAGAUGCAUCCUCUUCAAACUCACCGGGCAAUAUGCCAGUGCGCACCAAGGAGUCAUUUGAUAAGCUGAUGGUGGAGCGAUUCAUCACCCGUGAUGCCAUCGCCGCGGCCGCGCUCGGUGGUCAACUCGACCAGACCCGUAAAAUAAUGAGCGACACGCGGGACAAGAUCCAAGAGUAUCGCCAGGUUCGCACCGACUAUCGCCAAUGGUUUCCUCCAUCAAGGCUAUACGGUGAAGGCUAUAAUGGCUUCGGCAAUGGAUAUACAGAGAACCAAGGACAGUCGCGCAUUGUCUAUCCCUCCCAGAAACAACGACCCGGCCAACGAACGACGCCUCCUCUCAAGUACAAGCGCAAGGAUAUGCUCAAACAGGCCGAGCAACAUGAGGAACUGGUGCCGUUGCGGUUGGAAGUCGAAUGGGAUAAGAUUAAGCUGCGUGAUACAUUUACGUGGAAUCUACACGAGAGACUGCUUCAAGUCGAGUUGUUUGCGGCACAGCUCGUUGAAGAUAUGGGUCUGAAGCCGCCUGCAUCGCAACCAGUAUAUGAACAGGUUGUGCACCAAAUGCGCGAGCAGCUUAAUGACUUUUACCCCCUGGUAUACUCUGAGGACGAUGCGCUGGACCCCGAACUCCCAUACUCAGCAUACAAAAACGAUGAGAUGCGAGUCCUCAUCAAACUGAACAUCACAAUCGGCCAGCAUACCCUUGUCGAUCAGUUUGAAUGGGAGAUCAACAACCCCUCAAACUCACCAGAGGAGUUUGCAGCUAAUAUGGCGCGGGAUCUCUCUCUAUCGGGAGAGUUCACGACCGCCAUUGCACAUUGUAUCCGGGAGCAAACGCAACUCUUUACUCGCAGCUUGUAUAGCGUCGGUCAUCCCUUUGACGGACGCCCAAUUGAGGAUCCUGAUCUUGUCGGCGCAUUCUUGCAGACCCCCCUCCCGACUGUCUUCCGACCCCAACAACAGGCCAAGGACUAUGCACCAUAUCUCUACGAGCUUAGCGAGGCAGACCUGGAAAGAAACGAGACGAUCUUCUCCCGCGAGCAGCGACGCCAGAAGCGAUCGAUUAAUCGACGGGGUGGUCCUCAACUGCCCGAUCUUAGAGAGAGGCAAAGAACCAUUCGAACGCUUGUUGUCUCAUCCGUUUUACCUGGGGCCGCAGCCACCAUUGAUGAGAGCCGUUUGUACAAGAGAGCUGCUGGUCCCAGAAUGAAGCGUCCUGUGCGGGAUGGAGACCUUUCUGAAUCCGACGAUAGUGAGGACUCGGCUCCUGACUCACCUGCUCCCUCACAAAUUACCGGUGGUACUGCUCGAACGCGCGGCAUGCGCGGUGCUGCAUCUGCUGCUCAGCAGAGAAUGGCCAACCUUGGUCGAUCUGAAACCCCUGAAGCUAGCGCAAUCACACAUCAUCACGAAACUAGAACCUCCCGCCGAUUCAGAGAAGAAACCGAAGAGCCCACGCAAUUAAUUGUGACCCUCAAGCUUAGCCAGGAUAAGCUGAGACGGUUGAUGAACCGUGAUUAUUCCGACUUAACAGCAUCAUCUCAAACGCCAGUUGCCUUCCCGCGAGCUCCCAGCGCUUCUGCUCCCUCAAAAUCCAUGCCACCACCGCCUUCCACACCAUCCAGUGCUACCCCUCAUGCGCCGAUGACACCCUCCUCAUCGCUUCCUCCAGGUCAGAUAGGUCGACUACCGGCCCCCCCGACAGUGCCCGGACAAUCUGCCUCUAUGCCACAACCCCCACCCCCUGAAUGGCUUGUUAAUGCCCUUAAAGAAUUAGAGAAGACAUACAACCGUGGCGAUAGGUUUGAAGCCAUGAUGAAAUACUCUUAUCUCGACCCCGUGACGGAGUUGCCUAUUCAAGGCCAACCACUGCCUGAGGGUGUCAAGUAUGCUUGGUUGCCGCGCAUUCGUUGUCUGGAUUGCACAAGCAAACUUUACACACCCGGCCCUGAUAUGACGGUUCGGAAGUUCGAGGCUCAUCUUGAAUUCUCGGGCCACAAGAACGCGGUUGCCAAGCGUGUGGCAAGGGAGGCCAACCCCUGA